UAUCCAUUGGGCAAAGCGAAAAUAUUAAGCAAUAAUUAAAUGUCACAGAGGGACGCCUCUCAGUUUGGUGAAGAUAGUCCAAGCUCAGUUUCUCAAAGAGUUAAUCAUCCUUUGUGUGUCAUCACGGCGACGCAGUGAGCACGUCAGGGUAGGGAGCUGGAGAAGCCAGCCCUGUGUAAUGUGAAUUUUCUCUCUCUCCCUCUUUCCCUUUGCUCCGAGCUGUCACCGUCGGGGGGGGCGGGCAUGGAAAGUAGAUUCCGGGCCCCACAGAACCGCAACCUACCGGCCGCUGUCACUCAGUGCUUCUCGGUGGUGGCACUGUGUACGGCUGUGGCCGACCCCAACUGGUUCCAGGUCGCCCUGAACGGAACCUCUCCGCAAAUCUACGGAGUGGCUUAUGUGGUCCACCUCCAGGGAAACCUCACAGCAGAUCCCAAUACCGUCCUGAACUAUGAAGGGAUUUCUCUACUUAUUGUGAUGGCCACGUGCAGCUACUUUGGAAUAUUAACAGGCUUUGGAGCUUUCAUUCUCAGCUUCCUGGGAUCAAGACAUCCACUUUUGUUUAACUUGCCGAUUACGCUGCAUUUUAUAACAGGCUUCCCUGAACUGGUAACCAAGGAGAAAGUGAGGUCUGCAGAUGCUGGAGAUCAGAGCUGAAGAUGUGUUGCUGGUAAAGCACAGCAGCCACUUUGGACAUGGUGUCAUUGGCACUAUGCUCAUACCUGUUCUUUCAGGUGAAGACAAAACUGAGGAGAAAGGAAUUUCAGAAGAUAGCGACGCAGGCAACCCUGGGUGAAAGUUUUGUGAUUGCUGUCUUUGGUGUGAUGUUUUCAGUAACUGCCUCAGCCCUAAGUCUACACAAGUCCCUGUUGAAGGACCCAAGACUGCUGGGGAGCAGAACAGAAGAAGAGUCCACUCUGGUAACACAUGAACAAUGCCAAGACAAUGACUAGAUUUGGCUAAACAUCUUGCACUGCAUCACCAUGUACUUGUUUGGAGCUGUCCAGUUGACCUAGGGUUCUGAUCGCAUUUUAACUGUGAAGAAAUGCAGCACCCAGGGACAUUGGGCAGCCAACAAUGCAGAGGGAACUGGUCAGUUUAAAAUGAAAAGGGCCAAUGAUUUUUACCACUGGUUAUUGAAAGCUGAAAAGCUGAGAAAGAGAAAAGAUGCUUUAAUGUUUCGCUGAUCAGUUUUGUUUUUGUUAUUUAUUAUUCUUUGACAACAAUUGAAGUAGCUUUUCUGAAGGGCUGGCUCAAUCACUGAUCAAAAUCAAUAAAAGAUACUGAGCUGUACAGCGCAACCUUGACCCCCUGUAUUGUGCUGACUUUGUCAGCCUGAGUUAUGGCAGCUGAUGGAACAUUACGAUUAACCUUCAUGUCCUGGCUAAAGGUCAAAUGGUCAAAUCAGAUGCUCCUUUGAUUCCUGAAUGCUAUCCAGUGACUUUCAUUGUCACUGUUCCUUUUCCUUUUCUGAAGAAUUUCUAAUGAUCUUUUUUUUGUCCCAAUGCUCUGACUUUUGGUAAAUCAGUAUUGGAUGACUGAUGGACAUCAAGUAUGCCCAAAUGAAUAUGGUUGACCAAGGAGCAGAGCUCUCCUCCAUUUCAAAGCCACAUCUGUCGUUAAAGGAGCAUGUUUCCCCUCAUGAGGGAGUCUAGAAACGUGCAAAGAAUUUAAAUAAAUGACUGCAUGUUUCAGAAAGCCUUAAACCUUUGAAAUUAUUAUCUAAUCCUGACAAUUGGAGCCGGUGCCUUUGAAUAUACUGAGUUAGACAGGUUUUUGAUUGACAAAGGUUCUGGAGAGGCAGACAGGAAAGUCAAGUUGAGAUGACAAUCAAUUCAGCUGUGAUUUUAUGGAAUGGAGGGCAGGCUAAAGAAGCCAAAUGGCCUAUUCCAGCUCUUAUUGCCUUUUCUUCCCUUAUCUUUUAUUAAUUCAGCUUAUUGAGGCCACUUAGGGUCAGAUAUGUCAGCAGAACAAACGAGGCAGACAUGCCACCCUAAGAUGUUACUGGAGCAUUGAACAGAUAGGAUGUUACAGUAAGUAAAGGUUAGGUGUCCCAUCAAAACGAGAUUAAAGACAGCGGUUGGCCGUCUGUUUGUUUCCCCAUUACCUGUGUGUGUGCCCUUGUGUUAACUUACCAUUCAAACAUGAUUGAAUGAUCAUAACAGCACAGCACAGGUCUUUCUGGGAACCUGGGUUCAAAUCCUGCCACAGCAGAUGAUGAAUGAUUGAAUGAAUGUAAUCAUAUGUAUUAUAGGUUGCUGGUACUUUCAAAUCAUGUAACGUUCAUGUAAAAAGUAAUAUAAAAAUCAGAGUUUUGUAACAGCUCAGGGAGAUCCGGUUUCCUCAUGGGAAGCAUGUUUCUCACUUACAAAUGCAUGAAUAAACACCAGUGAAGCUUC